AUGGAUGCCGUAAACAGAAUCCUUAAAUUCAGCGCAGCGUCAGUCCGUGGUCGACAACGAUGCAGGUCACGCGAGAUCACAGGGAACUCAUUCCCCGCGCAGACCAAACUCUACAGUCUGGAGGUCACACAGCACUAUGAUAAAAUCUUGUGGCGAAAAUGGCAUCACCUUCGAAGUCAGCAAGAAAUGGAAGCCAUAAUACGACUUCAACCGCAGCCGGUAAACAAGCAAAUGGUUGUCUACAGCAAGAGCGACUGGUGUCCCGCUUCUCUUCAUCCUGUCCCUCCCGCCGUUGCCCUAGGGCGAAAGGGGGCGCGAGAUCUGCACCUCGAGCUUGAAGGAAGGCCCCUACUGCAGGUAUAUAGGAGGCGGCGGUGCUCCCACAACUGCAGUCGCUUUCGGACAAGUAAAAUCCACAGAAUGAAGUUGCUUCUCAUAUGUGUGCUAGUGUGUGCCCUCGGCGCUUCCCAUGGGCGUGAGGAGGAAGAUGGGCGCCUCGUGGCCCGCUUCUCCACCCGCACCCUCGUCUCCGUCAUCACCACCACCGCCACCGUCCCCCAGCAUUGCAUCCUCGGCGUGGCUACCCCAACAUGCACCAACAGGCGACGCCGUCGUGACCUCGUGCCGAUAACUGCGGAGACUGACGACAGGUCCCUUCUCGAAGGAUCGCAAGAGCUCUCCGAGCGCGUGGAGCGCGAUGUGGAAGACCGCGAUCCCCGUGUGGGCUUCACCCUCUGGAAGACAGUGACCCCACCUUCACCUACACCUCUACCAGCACCGACACCGCCACCACCGUGUCCGCGUCCUUCGUAUGCUCCGUCGCUGACUACGUCGCGCCCUUCCCCGCCUGCUGAGCGGACGCUGUUCUGCUGCCGCGGGCCAUCUGCGUGAAAGAUACGGGUCGUCUCGGCAUCUCGCCCUGCGGAAUGACCAUGCUCUUGUUGUUAUGCUUAUUUAAUGUUUCCUGUUGUCUUAAUAUUAUUAUGUUAUUUACUUUGUAAAAAAUCGGGCCAGCUACAUAUACACACAAUCGAACAAA